UUAGCCACGGCGAAGUCGAAGCACGCGAAGUUAAGCAAACAUAUUUCAAAGAUGUAGCUAUGAAAUCGAAUGGGAAAUAACAAUAGCGUUCCGGCAGAAAAAGAGGAAUCCGCCAUAUCUUUUUUGCGUCAUCGGUUUGGCAACAAAGACGGAAACGCUGACCAGCUACUGGUGAAACUGAUCUCGGAGGAGUUCGGGGACGUGUCAGGGUCAAGGUCGCCGAGAAGAGUCUUAGAAAAAGCGCAAAGUAAGUGGUCUAACUAUACGAAUUAAGUCGUUAUAAUUAAACAUCGCAAGACGAUUGCGAAGAAAGCUCAUGUCUCGAAAUAAAGAGGAACCGCCAACAGACUGCUGCGUUGCUAUUGGAACGGAAGCAGACAACAUUAUGGACGCACAUGUCAAUCAGCAGACGACAGAAAAAUGUGUGCAGCUGCGCAGAUUGCACACCCAGCCUCAGAGCGAACCAUUUACCACGAUUGCGGAACUGUCUACCAAGUCUCGGAAUGUAAAGAAUCCAGACACCGCGACGGAGACCACCAUGAAAGACGACAACAACUUUGGCUUCAACAACUCCUCAACCGCAAAAGACGAAGCCCAAAAUACGGUCUUAAUGCCCGAGAGAGAAACGGGCGCAUCCAAUGAAUAUGUCAAGUCGGUGUUCACUGCUAACGAAGCAAACAAAGAAAAAUUUGAAACUGAAGCGAUUUCAACUGCUGAGCCUGAGAUUGGUGAUCAGGAACAAGCUACAAUCUUUCCUGAGAUUCACGACAUGUGCUGUGAUACAGAGAUUGUUAGAAAACCUGAAAAUGUGCACAAAGAAGAAGAACAGGAUAGCGAUACGAUAAGUAACACAGAGGGUACAUCUGAAGAGGCACUUGAAAUAACAGACAACAAACGAGAUGACGCUAUGACGCCAUCAAAGCUGGCGAGUUUUAAACAUGGAAUGUAUAUCGAUCGAAUGAAAGCUACCAUAGGUAAAGGUGUUGUUUGCGACGUUGCGAAACAGUCUGUGUUGUUGGACGAAGCCUUGAUGUCAGACAUGAAUGUCAUUCGCAAAGUUCAGUUGCCAAAAAAUGACUCCGUUUUCUCCUCAAAUAUGUUUGGAUCUCGGGAAAACGACACGCUGAGUAUCACAGAAACAUGUUCAAUCCAAACAAACGAAGACAGUGCUAUCAAAACGCCUAGGUCGCCACUCGAGUCUUUCAAAGUUGUGCCUGCAAAUAAGUGCGGAGCUAUAGAACACUUGAGGCAGAUUAAAAUUGAAAAUGACAUUCGCAUGAAAUGGAUGAAGAUCAUUACGGCAAGUAGGCGUAUUGCAGACUCCAUAGGUGGAAGGAUAGCGCUUGACUAAUUGAACAAGUUUGACCCGAACGUAAUCAGGAAUGUGCAGUUGUCGCGACAAGGGAAUGACUACAGCUCCAAUAUGAUCAAACCUAAGACAUUUUCGUGCCACACAUUUGAGCUCACUAACAGGAAGGACGAGUUCGUGAACGGCAUGCAUCCAUUCACAUUUGGCGAUCUUGCCGCGCUUUUGGAAAACGCAAUAUCAAGAUACAAAAUAAAUCUGUCUCCAAUGAAUCGCUCUAUGUCUGAUGAGCAGCCUACACACUGCACGCAAGAUAAACAAGCACAACAGGAAGAAGCCAGUCGAUCUUUGGAUACCAGAAACGUAAAGUACGUCAUCAAACAGAACAGCAAUGACAUCACCGUGUUUGAGGGUCACAAGCAGGACAUCGUACAAGAACGCAUGCCUUUCGGUCAAUAUCAUGACGACGAGUUCAAUGCAGCUAACUACAUUCCGACUAACAAGGACAACAAUCUGAAGCACGUUCCUGAUUGCACGACCGAUGCAAUUGAUGAUAUUGUCCAAACAACAGCGAGUGAUCCUUGCAAAGAUACGGCGAAUACCCAGAACAAACACACAAAUGAGAAUGUUGAUGCCAUCCAUAUCAUACAAGCUAAGAAGUACGGCAGCCUUGAGCACAUGAAAAAUAUAAAGAUAGAGAACGCUGUCAAAAUUAGGCGACUGAAGAACAUCACUGCCAGUGGUGCCGUGAACAGGACCGUUGCGCCAAAAGCCGGAAGGUCCGAUGUAACACAGCCUGAGCAGAUCAGACAGUCCCGUCGUGAUGAUGAAUGUGAAUAUGCCAAGCAAACUGCGGAAAAUCACGAUUCUGUACCAACUUCAAAUAGCUCUUGCGAACCUCCACUCAUGUCUCAGAGACCACCAUCAGAAGUUAAUAUUGAUACUUCCCAUAUCAUUCCAGCUAAGAAGUAUGGUGGUAUUGAGCAUAUGAAGAAAAUCAAAAUGGAAAACGCUAUCAAACUGCAGCGUCUUAAAAACGUACAGGCCAGCUCGCACCUUCAAAGAUCACUGAGCACAUCAAGAUGUAUCAGCCACAUCCAGGCAUCUGAAAUGCAAAACUACGAUAUAGCCAAUGAAAACAACAAAAGUCCAAAAGGCGGAACACUGACUGGACAAAGGUUUGAAACUUGGCACACAUCAGACAAAGAAUUCAGUUAUUCAGAGAAACAGGCGGAUGAAAAGCUUAUACCGUAUGGAUCUGUCGCUCACUUCCGGAAAAUCAGGAGGGAUAACGCGGAAAGUCUUUGGCACAUGAAGGGUAUUCACAAGCGAGUGGACACAUGGAAGUCCGUUGAUAGAAGCUGCAGUGAUUUGGACCCAGGAAAGGAAAAGGAAUACGGCUCAGUGGCGCAUUUCAGGAUGGUUCAAAUGAAAAAUGCUGCCAGAAAUCGCAAGAUAAACGCAAUCACGUCAAAACUGGAUACCUGGAAGGAACCAAACCCUGGAAGCGAAUAUUCCAUGGGCAGACAGAAAAACUGGGAAGCGGUUAAAGACCCACGAAAGUUCGGAUCCAUAGCCCAUUUCCAGCAGGCAAAGCAACAGAAUGCAAGCAGAACUGUGCGGUUGAAACAAGCAACAUCAAAACUGAAUACUUGGCAGCCAAAGUCUAAAAUGGAGGGAUUGUCUACACUUGAACAUAUAUCAAUGCCGAGACACAUCGGACAGAUAGAUCGCUUGAAAAUGAGCGUCCAAAAGGCCACUUCCAAGAUUAACACAGGCUUAGUCAAGGUAUCAAAAAGUGCAGGAGGACAAGUUGCAUCUUGGAGCCGACACCUGAAGGAUAUUCGUAGCCCAAAACCAAAUACAAUGAAUAUAACUACUACUGCUGCUAACCAAAAGUUCAGCAAUGCCACAACGAGCUGCAAAAAUUUCAACCACAAACGAGAAAGCAAUCAGACAAGCAACAAAAGGCACACAUUACCUGCGCAAUGUGUGGGAAAUGACGAAAUCGCGUUAUCUGCCAGAGAAUAUGAGUGCAUUGAACACAGGCUACGCUAUCCAGACAGCAGAAUCCGGUUCCCAUGCACCGAAACGGAAGUAGAUGCGCGACUCAAGGAACUGCUGAAGCUCCUUCGCGUAUCAAUCUUUGCAAAUACUACGAGGCCUUCAACAUGCAACGGAAGCGAUGGUGACAGCGGGUUCUAUGUGUCGCCCUGUGACAGUUUCCUCGCUGAUGAAGCCGCCAUGGAACUGGAAUACGAGAUGGAACAACGUGCUCUAAUCGCCGGAAAUGAUCUCGUCAAUUUUGUUCCAAGGCCCAGACCUACCAUCAACAAGCAUGGACAUCCACCCACGAAAAUUCCAAGACCCGUUUUUAAUGUUCUUGAAAAGAUAAUGCAGUCGAGAGUACGGGUGAACUACUCUUGAUAAAACAGUGUGAAAUGGCACGCAUGUACAGUGUAAUACAAUUCAAAUGGUUCAUUAGAUGUUCUUGAUUUGACUACUAUACUACAUGUAUAGAAUUAAA